AUGGGAGGAGACCAAAAAUAUAAUACAAUCUUGAGGAGCUAUUUUAGAGAAGCUAGAGCGUAUUUCUAUUGCUUUGAUCUCGGUGAUCAUUCAUCUUUUGAAAAUACUCUAUCCAAGUUUGAGGAUUGGAAGUCUCAAUAUGAAAUUGCAAAUGUUUACGACGUUUUGGAAUCUACAGAUGCAUGUCUGAUAUUGCUAGGACUUAAAGCUGAUCUUCCUCACCAAGUCGAUCGAGAGGAAGUAUAUGAGUUUUUAGAAAAAAUUAUUCCCAGCUCUGACACCAAAUAUUUGCACACUUGUCGAGUUCAAUAUUUUGAAUUGAGCAGUAAGAGAGACUCGUACCAAGAUUUGAUUUUACCUUUUAUUUAUGGAUGUUCUGUUUUGGGAAAGCUAGUCCCAUAA